AUGUCAUCCACACCUUGCCCCCUGUGCCCAAGGUAUUACCGUCGCGCGGGACAUCUUGCAAGACAUAUUUACCGGCAUCAUGGCGGUGACGAUGCGCCUGAGGACGAGCGUUUAGAAGACGAAACUACGCUGCCAGACGCCGGGCCUGGUACGCUUACUCUGGUAAUUGAUGGCUCGGACGAUUCUACAGACUCAGAAGCCGACUCUGAGGCGGAAUCCGACUUUGACCCUGACUCCGACGACGAUGGCCCUGCGGCGAUCGCCCCCCCGAUCUCAGAGCAAGCUGACGAUAAUCAAAGGGCCACAGCAUACCUACCCAACAGUGGACAAAGACUAGGUCGGGUCCAGGGCUAUCGGGACUAUAUGGAAGAGAAUUGGAAGCCCUGGGCACCAUUCAAAGACGCGGCGGAAUGGAGAUUGGCUCGUUUCUUUAUCGAGCACAAGCUGACCUCUACAUCAAUUGACGCCUACUUCAAUGAGGGGUUGCACAAGACGACAAAGAACGAGCGUUCCUUUCAGUCCGCUUAUACUUUCCAGAACCAGCUCGACAAAAUGACGGGCUCCCCACCUAACUUUCAAUACGGGACCGUCGGGGACGGCUUUGGAAGAACGACCGACUUAUAUUACAGGAAUCCGGUCGAAUGCGCGAGGUAUCUCUUGGGUCAACGUUGCUACAAGUCGAGCAUGGUUUAUCGGCCGGAGAGGGUUUACGACGCGGACGGAUAUCAACUCUAUUCCGAGAUGCAUACAGCGGACUGGUGGUGGAAUAUGCAGGAAAGACUUCCUACCGGGGCCACGAUUGUCCCGAUUAUCUGCAGCUCCGACGUCACGCAUCUGACAAACUUCUCCGGAGACAAGAAGACCUGGCCGAUAUAUAUGACGAUAGGCAAUAUACCGGGAAAAGUACGAUCCAAGCCGUCGACCAAGGCGCAUUUGCUACUCGCACUAUUGCCAAUACCUCCUAAGAUAAUUGGCGACGCGACGUCAAAGGGGAGACUCCGGUCCUGGGCGGCGGAGACGCUGAGGAGAGUCAUGUCAGUUAUACUGGAGCCUCUGCUGCACUUUGACCAAAGGCUCGGCGUCUUAAUGGGCUGCUCAGACGGGUACGAGAGACGUUGUUGGCCGAUUCUGACGGCAUGGCUUUCGGACCACAUGGAGAGCUGCAAUAUUCUGAAUACCAAGUUCAACUUGUGCCCCAAGUGCGAGAUACCCGUCAAUAGACUGGGCGAAUACGAAGCCGAACCGCUCAAGACCUACCCUCGUGAUCAGGACGAAUACAAGAGAAUGUAUCGUCAGUACAGGGCGCUGAAGGUACUGGAGAAUCCGACGAGAGACGAAAGGCGGGAGCUGAAGACGCUGACUAAGUGGUUCGAUUCUCGUGGUUUACGACCUCUGUACAACCCUUUCUGGAAUCUCCCCUUCGUACAAGCCUACGACCUCCAUAAGCAAGACAUGCUCCACGUGGUAUACUUGGGAAUCCUGAAACAUCUUAUGGAGUGGCUGGAAGACUUCCUGAAGGAACAUGGUCGUUUGGAUGAAUUCAACGCCAUAUGGACGCGCAUGCCACCUUACCCUGGAUUUACCCCACCGACGAAGCCUUAUCAAGCGGUCAGUCAAUGGCAAGGGAAGGAGAUGCGUAAUUUUCAGAAAAUAAUCUUACCAGCCCUGGCGUCUGCCCUCAGGAAUCCGUCAUCUGCCCAGGCAGAGCCAUUCAAGAAAGCCUUUCAAUGCGUCCGGGCAUUGGUCGACUGGGCACUAGUCGCCCAGCAUCGUUCUCAUAACGAGCUGACGAUAGACAUGUUGGAUAAUUACCUAAAGGCUUUCCAUAGGACGAAGGAUAUCUUCAGGAAAUAUCGCGCGACUAGAGAGACUGACAGACUUGUGGCGGAACGACGGAGGGAAUUGCGCGGGGAAUACGACGUCGAGUUAGCAGGCCUAAACGACUCUUUAGGCCAAAGACGAAGGGUUAUCGCAGACCAAAGGCUAAAUCUCCAGGCGGAAACCGACGAGAUCUUGCGAGCAGAAUCCCACUUCAACUUCCCCAAAAUACACCUCAUGGGCCAUUUCGCAGAGCACAUUCGUCAAUACGGCAAUAUUCCGGACUAUUCGACGGAGUCUUGCGAGUCAGCCCACAGGGAUCAGAUCAAAAUACCGUAUCGUCGGAGCAAUCGCGUCGAUCCCGCAAUGCAGAUACUUCGGACGUUUAACCGUGAUUAUACGUUUUCCAUUUGCGAAUUAAAUCUUCUACAAAUUGCCCGGGACGGUUUUUCGACCACUGAGCUUGUCGGCAAUCUCGACGUCUUAGAGCCACGUCUGAGGAGGAGGAUGCAAGCUGCAAGACGGGAUCUUAGAGACCCUCAGGACGACCCGGCGUUUCAAGCGCAGGAUAUCGCGCCAUUGGUCUAUUUACCAAGCGACACCAGGGUGGAGAAGAGGUGGGUCAAAUGCCCGGUCAAAUUAACAAAUGUCGGUAGUGUAGAUAUCGCAGGUGCUACAAAGAGACUGGGGUAUUACAUCCGGCGGUAUUUCAGGAGGGAGCUAUGUCUUGGAUACGAAGAUAUGCCCGAAGACAUCGAUAGCUGGCGGGUAAACACAUUCAAACAGCUCAACGUACCCGUCCUUUUGCACGGCGAGGGCGACGAGAGGACAAUUCACACACUUCGUACGACGGGAACGUCAGGUUAUAGACGGGGAAACGCGCGCAACGACUGGGUCUGGUUUCGUCAAAAGCUGGCUGACCUGGACGCUUUGCAGGGUUUAUGCCCAGCAAGGCUGCUUGCGGUCUUUAAGCUCAGGGACCCAAGACGAAGGGGGGCCAGACUUCUGGCUGCGAUACAACCAUUGAAGCCGGACUUCAAUGGAAACCCCAAUGUCGACCACGGGCUAAUAAGGGUAUCACGCUGCUCAAGCUCUCCUGACGAUAUAUGGGUAGUAAACAUAAAAAGCAUUUUGGACGCCGCUCAUUUGGUGCCUGAGACGACGUCAUCUACGAACAAUAGAUGGUUUAUCAAUAGUACGAUCGAUCUAUCGACAUACUGA